CAAGUAGUUAUGACAUUUUAAUUGCACAGAGAAAAAAUAAAUCUAAUAAGUUUGUAUGAAAUCCGGUGCAGAACGUUUGCAAGAAAUGUUUGGGUAAAACCACUUAUACAUACUGUAGGCUAUAUGAUUGCUGCUGCUGAGCCGACAGAGGGCAAAUAAUGACCUAAAAUCAACAUUAGCUUGCAGUGUAUUAUUCAUACAGAAUAUAGGAUAAGCAAUAUGCAGAAAUGGUUGAGAUGAGUGUGUCUACUGCAUGCUACAAAAAUCUUAAACAAGGCCAUGAAUGAACAAAGAUGUUUUACAUACGAUCAUAUAUUAAAUCUGUCAACACAGGUGGACUGACCUAACAAAAUAUAUUUCUUUAUGUACGUAAUUAUGAAUUGUACAGAAAAUAUUAAACAUUAGGCCUACAUAUAUUAUGUUAUAUAUUAUACAUGUUAUUAGUGUAAAUCUUUUCGGUUAUAAAAUGUUUAUUACAGUAAAAGUCUAUGACUAUAUUAUUAUAUUGUAUUAAAAUUCAAGGUUACCUGCAUCAUCUAGCUUGGAGUGGUGGUCCAUCAGAAAAGAUGCAGAGUGAGAGCACCUAGACAACUCACUUUUAAAGUUUCUAUGCUAAAAAGUGCCACCGUUUCCCAUUGUAGUUCACACAGGGAUGGAAAGUUUUACUCCAGAUCAGAUUCACUCAAACAAUGCAUUAGGGAGAUCUUCCCUUUAUACUCGUCUGAAGUGCCAGGUUCACAACACCACUGCAAGCACGCCCACAGGAAGUGGCAGCCAUACAGCCCACACCACUGCAAGCACGCCCACAGGAAGUGGCAGCCAUACAGCCCACACCACUGCAAGCACGCCCACAGGAAGUGGCAGCCAUACAGCCCACACCACUGCAAGCGUGUCCACAGGAAGUGGCAGCCAUACAGCCCACACCACUGCAAGCACGCCCACAGGAAGUGGCAGCCAUACAGCCCACACCACUGCAAGAACGUCCACAGGAAGUGGCAGCCAUACAGCCCACACCACUGCAAGCACGCCCACAGGAAGUGGCAGCCAUACAGCCCACACCACUGCAAGCGUGUCCACAGGAAGUGGCAGCCAUACAGCCCACACCACUCCACACCACUGCAAGCACGCCCACAGGAAGUGGCAGCCAUACAGCCCACACCACUGCAAGCACGCCCACAGGAAGUGGCAGCCAUACAGCCCACACCACUGCAAGCACGCCCACAAGAAAUGGCAGCCAAGUUCUAUAUAGACUCAUCCGGAUCUGACACUGAAGAAGUACUCCUGGCUUCUCCAGUCAGGAGUAGUAGUCCCACCCUUGACAGAGAGCUACCAGCAAUUCUGAAGGAGUUUUGUGAGGACAACCUGGACUUCAAUUCCAACUUAACUGUCAUAGCAAGACGUAAAAACAUUUUUAAAAGUGCAUGUGUGGCCCUGUCAAGAGGGUUUUUUGAGUGGCACAAAACUCCCAAUAUUAAGUUUGUGGGAGAAAUGGGAGAGGACUAUGGAGGUCCAAGGAGAGCAUUUUUUAGACUCCUCAUGAUUGAGCUCCAAAGCAACCUUGGGAUAUUUGAGGGCAAACCUGGACAGUUGCUCUUCAGCUACAAUCAGAAGGCACUAGAGGAAAAUAAAUUUUAUACAGCAGGAAGACUAAUGGCCUGGUCCAUAAUUCACAAUGGACAAGGCAUGAGGUGCUUAAACAAGGAGCUUUUCAUGUUAAUGUGUGGCCAGAAACCAGACCUCAGCACAUUUGAUGAACUAAUUUCCUGGAAAAUGAAAUUGUAGAAAAGCUGGCAAAGGUAACUCAAGUAAUUUUACAUGUCACAUAAUGUAGGUAUGGAGAUACCAUAUCAUUUAGGAGAACAAUGUAUUCAGUAACUGUUAUAAUUAAUACUUUUUAAGGCCACAUGUUUUUCUA